GAAAAAGGAAAAAAAAAAGAUAACAAUUGGUUAUAAUAGUUCCUUCUUAAAUGGAGCAUCGUAAAAACGAGCAAGUAUCCCGGCCGGGAUAAACCAUAAGCACGAAUGACGUUCUUUUGGAGCGUCUCUCUCGUGGAUAUUUUCAUCACAGCAGUAGAGCACGUGCACUUGGCCCGAACACGCACGGUUCCUUCAUUUUCUGCCUUUUCGCGUUCUUAUGCACUUUAAAACGACCUGGAUAGUCUGACCUGUGUUUUCAAAAAUCCAUUAAAAAAAAAAAAAAAAAAAAGAAAGAAAAAAAAUCCCAACAUCUCGAAUUAAAAUUAACAUUUAACUCGAAUACACUUUCACUCUCGCAUAUAAAUAUCACAGUCAUUCAAUCAUUCGUAUACACACACAUACUCCAAUUGUCAUCCAUUAACAAUAGUUAAAUUAGGUUUUAAACGAGUUUACAAUGUGAAUUAAUGACAAUUAGUGUUUUAUUAACAAGCUCUGACAAUAUGGCGAACAUUAAAGUGGCUGUUCGCGUGAGACCAAUCUCAACACGGGAAUCGAAGAAUUCUAGAUCGAACGUAAUCGUCUGCAACACCGAACAAAAUGUGAUAUCAUUAACGAAUCUGAAAGUUUCGUUGAACAAAGCUGGUGAUAGUCGUGAACGUACACGAAAGUAUGGUUUCGAUUACUGCUUUGAUUCCACCGAUCCUGGAUCAGAGAAUUAUGCUGAUCAAGAGAAGAUUUACGAUAAACUUGGUAAAACUGUCCUGAAUGAUAUAUUUUCAGGAUACAAUUCUUGUCUUCUUGCUUAUGGACAAAGUGCAUCCGGAAAGACUUAUACUAUUAUGGGCACAGAGAAUGAUCCAGGACUAACGCCAAAACUUUGUCAGGGUAUUUUUGCGCGUAUAAAUGAAGAAAAAUUAAAGGAUAAUGUCUUCCACGUCUCAAUCAGCUAUUUAGAAAUUUAUAACGAACGGGUGAGGGAUCUUUUAAAGCCAUCCACGAGUUGCCAUAAUCUAAAAGUUCGUGAACAUCCUCGAUUAGGUCCUUACGUUCAAGGAUUGACGCAUCACGUGGCUGACACGUUGGAAACGUUAAUGUCAUACGUUGAGAGUGGUACCAAAGCAAGAAAAACAGCAGCCACGUUACAAAAUUCAAACAGUAGUCGUAGCCACGCAUUGCUCACAAUUCUUCUUAAUCCAGAGACAACAACAACAACAACGACGACGACGACAACGACGACAACGACGACGACGACGACGUCAACGUCAACGUCGACUACGAUAGAACAACAAUUAACUAAAAAAGAAAAUACCGAUAGAAAAUAUGAUGACGUGUCAUCAUUUAGGCUUAACGACGUCACACUUCCCAAUAACAGCAGUAGUAAACUGCAUUUGGUCGAUCUAGCUGGUAGCGAAAACGCUCAAAGGUGUGACGGUGUGCAUCGUUUAAAAGAAGGUGCGAAUAUAAAUAAAAGUUUGGUAGCCUUGGGAAAUGUUAUUUCGGCUCUAACAGGGAAAAUCUCAGGUGCUGGUGGUAGUUCUAAUAGAAGGUAUAUACCUUAUCGAGAUUCUUCUCUUACUUGGCUUUUAAAGGACGCACUCGGUGGAAAUGCUACCACCAUUAUGCUCGCAACCGUAUCACCAGCCAGUGAAAAUUACAACGAAACCGCGCAUACAUUGCGAUUCGCUCAAAGGGCGCACAGUGUGGUCAAUAAACCCAUGGUCAAUGAAGAUCCCAUGGCAAAAACAAUUCGGGAAUUAAAGGCCGAAAUAACUAGAUUGAAAUCUUUGUUAUUGAAAAAGAACAUCGAGCCAGAUAAAACAACAUUACAGGAUGAAUUCGAAACGAAGGAUUCGGGAAAAAAGAAGAAGGAUAAUUCGUCGAAAAGUAGCGUGCCGGAAAAUAAACAGAAAAUCGAAACUGAUCCACAAAUAGAAUAUAAAAAAGAAGAUGAUAGAAGUAGUAAUAGUAAUAGUGAUGGUUGUGGUGGUGGUGGUGGUGGUGGUAGUAGUAGUGGUGGUGGUGGUGGUGGUAAUAGUGGAAUCCUUACUUUAGUCAGGAGAGUAAAUUCUACAGAAAACCUAGCAACACACGAUACUGCAACCGUAAAAUCUAUCAGAAAAUUUGGUUCGUACGAAUGUCUCGAUAACAAAACAACGAACACUCUAACCGGUUACAGUUAUAAUCGUGCUGAAGUAUCGGAAUUGGAGAACGAAGAAAAUGAUUUCAUCGGUGAAAUUAACGAGGCCGUUUUUGUCGACAUUCCAACUCUUGUUGCGGUACUUAUAAAACCAGAUAACAGUUUCAACGAGAGAUCGCAACAAAUCGAAGAGAUAUGUUCCGACGAAAUACACGAAUAUCCGAUAGAAUCGGAUUUUAUGAGAAAUAAUAAUCUUCAUGAGAUUUCCGUAAAUCGUACAAACAAAAAUACUACGAACGACCAAUACGAUGACGAAUACAAUCAUUUCAAUUUAGAUCUGAACGAUGAAAUAAACGAUACUCCUUCGAAAAUAAUUCGUUCGGGAAGAAAGGAAAAGUCUAAAUUUCGUAAACAAGAUUCAAUCAAUAUUGCAACGCCAACAACAACAUCUACGAACUUGUAUACGUCAAAAAAAUUCGGUUCCGUCGAGAUAAUACAAAAGAAACACAAUAAUCUAGCAACUUAUUUGGAAAGAUCCAAUACAAAUUUGGAAAAACAAUCGACAAUAUCGGAUAAAGUCAACGUUGAAAAUAAAUUUGUAGAUAAAAUAAAAGUCGAGGAUUGUAAAAAUGACAGUUAUACGAAUUUAUGGAAAGAUAAUAACAAAUCUGACAGCGGUGAUCAUUUACAGAGAACGGAUAGUAACGAGUUUGAGAAAAAUUCUAAGGAUAAUUCGUCGGUGAUAAGUCUUAUUAAUAAAAUCAAAAAUACCGCUAGAAAACCAAGUUUAGAAAGUUUAAAAAGGAAAACCAGUAAGGACAGUAGUUCGAGUAGCUCGAAAGACGAACAGAUAUUGAUUUCUAGUUUGACGAACGACAAGGUAUUAAGGAGAAAGGAUUCGUUGGAUCAUAGUUUGUCUACGAGGGCUCAUACACCUGUACAAAAAGCAAAAAGAGCAGAAAUCGUGGCUGCUGUUACAGAAAGAUUAUAUUCAAGUAGAAAACAGGUGGAAGAAAUGACAACUGUGACAGGAUCUGCAUCAACUUCGGUGUCAGGUAUUCGUUCCCCUCCCGAGGGAACUGACGUCAGAUUAACAACUUCCGCCGCUUUGACGACUAAAACGAAACUUCAAGAAAUAUCAAGGAAAAUGUUAGCAAAAAGACGGCGUGUCAACGUCGACACGCAAACGGAACAAAACCAAACGAUUCGUAUGAAGGAUUCGUCGUCUUUAACGGAUGAGACCAAAAUUGUUUGUCAAGAUGUAGGUGUGUUGACUGACGAACAUAACGUUUAUCAAAUAAUGACAGAAAACAGAUCCCCUGUCAUUAGAGUCAAAGAAAUGGCAACGUUAACGGACAAAUUGAAAAAUAAAAUCAUGGAAUCUAAGGAUGCUGAGUGUUUGGUAAAUGAUCUUAAUUUUUACGAAUACGGUGUUAAUUUUAUAAAUAAUAAUUCAACAUUUUUAUUGGACGAUACGCGAACUUAUGCUAAUCAAAUGUCUAACACGGAUAUUUCUGAAUUAUGUUUAACUAAUGAUAAGAAAGUUGAUCGUUUUGACAAAUCAACAAAUACCGUAGUUGUUGCCCCUGUUCCAAUCAAUUCGGUCGUUCAAACGCAAUUGCCAUUGCAACAACCCGUUUUAAAAGAAAAGACAACGCAAUAUUUAAUAGAAAAUUGUAAUGCUAUCGAAGAAUCAAAUCCUACAACAACGACUGUACAACAGAAAUCGGAAAGAAAUAUUAUUUCCAUGUGUUUACCUGAUACAAUUAAUAUAACUAUUGAAAGCUCGAAUUUGUUAGAAUCCAAUAUUGUUAUAAUGGACAACAGUUUAAAUAAGACAGAUAUCACGAAUAAAAAGAAUAUAUCUCAUUUAAAAGAUAACGAAUGUCAAACGGAAAACAAAAAUAUCAAACAGGAUGAUAAGAGUAAUGAUUGUUACGUUAAGGGAUUUACAACAAAGUCAAGUGUUAGUCAAACGGAUAGCAAAUCUUUUAGAAUCGAAAAUAUCUUUGAGGAUCCUCGAAAUAAUCAUUCGAAGAUACGUGCUCAAUCGGAAGAUACAUUGAAUAAAUCUAAAAAUACAAAAUCAGUUACUUUUACAAAUUCUUUGGGUACUUCCUUCAUUCCAGACACAAAAGAAUCUGCUACCGACAUGAACAAGAGACAAAUUUAUGCACUCCAAAGUGGUCAAUCAUUUACCCAAAAUAAAAGCAUUAGGGAAACGUUUAUUUCAAAAAAAUAUAAUAACAAUAGAUUAGCUACAGACGUUUGGAAAAAUUGGAUGAUCUCGUUUCCUUCGACAUCCUCCUCCUGGCAACAUCCGAGAAAUGUAUUAUCAGUUAAUGGGUUGACAUUUGCAUGGAAUGAUUCUUUAAAUAAUGACUGUGCCGCGAUCGUUAGCACUGCGAAUUUGAAUAAAACUUACGAAGAACCUAAUAUUAAUUCUAACAUUUUUCUUUCCAAUAAUAACACCGAAGUUACAGAUUUAAAAUCACCAUCUUUGAUCGCUAGAAUAACAGAUUCCAAGAGAUUACUUGAACAUGAUUAUAAUUUUUCUGACGACAGUCUUGAUUAUAACGAAGAAAAUAUAAUCUCUAAUUCUAAUAAUAUCAAUACGGAAACUAACGAAGAAAAUGAAACCUUUGAAAAUAUUUGUCCACCCGACGUAAUAGCUCAAACGAAAAAAGAAAAUUUAACUUUGUUAGGAAAUUCGUGCGACAAUAAUGUCGAACUCUCACUCGCUAAUCAUUUUGACGAGGAUCAAGUUGAAUUUCCAAAGAAAAUACCCUCCGAACCGAUUGACGGAUCUUCCAUCUCUGUUCAUGAUUAUAAAUCAUUGAUUUUAGGUCAAAAUUCAAUAAACGUCGAUAAUUUGCAAGAAGCUCGAACUAAUUUGGAAGAAAACUCAUCGAAUUUUGUUAAAAAUUCUUACAAGAAAAAAGUCACCUUUAUGGAUAACAAAAGUUCGAAAGAAUGUCAUAAUCAUGAUAAACCAAAAGUAAUCAAUUCAUUGAGUCAAACUAAGAGUUUGUACAAAUCUGUUGUUAAAAAUAAAACUCACGUAUGUAAUCCUAACAACGGUGAUUCUCAGAAUUAUUUAUUGGAUAUUUAUACGGAUAGCAGAGCAUUAUUAAAAAAUAAAGAUAAAACUUCGGAUUUAUUUGAAAAUGAAAGUAAUAGUGAACUUGAUAAUGUCCAAGAUAGAAUGCAAUUAAAUAUGCAAGAGAAAAAGAAUUCGUCUAAUUUUGUCAAAAUUUCAAAUAAUAAUAAUAAUAAUAAUAAUAAUGAUAAUACUAAGAUAUUUAAUGAAAUUCCUGUUGAAAAUAGUUGUAAUGAUUCUGACAGCGGUGAAGAAGUUAACAAAGAGGAGGAUUGUGUUGUAAAAUUGAAAAGAAAAAUAUUACAAGAAUACAUUAAUGAGGCAACUAUUUUUAUGCGUAAUAUGAAUUCUCUCAACGAAUGUAUAAAUACGGCAAAUAUUUGUGGAAACAAUCAAAGACAAGAAAAAAAACGAGGAAAUUAUCAACGAUGUUAUCCUCAUUCCCAAAAUGAACACAAAAAUACACCAUUAAAAGAUAACAAAGCUAUUGAUAAUAGUAAUGAAGUAUUAGAAGAAAACGAUAUAGUAAUACCAACAGAAUCGUUUAAAAAAUGUUUAGAAGGUAUCGAAAGAUUAGAAAAUUGUAUAGAAAAAACAAAUAAACACAACGAGUAUUUACGCGAAAAAUAUGGUAUCGUAGUUGAAUCUACUGGCGCUAAAUUAGGUUUAGCGAGCUCUAGUAUAGAUUCUAGUAAAAAUUCUAACAUCUCUUCUAAUUUAAUUCGAAGAGAUACAAAUUUACAGGGAAAAGAAUCAAUUAGUUCGGAAACGUUAGAAAAUUUCGUAUCUUCGAACAGAAUUUCUCUUAAAAAUUCUUUCAUGCCGAAAUUGAUUGAAGAUCCAUAUGAUCAAUUAAAGAUCUAUGAUGAUUUUUACGAUACGAGUAACGAAGAAAUGUUUGGCAUAAAAAGUAAAAUUGAAAGGAAACAUUCUAAUCGUUUAAUGAAUCCAUCAUCUUGCCAUUGUCGUACGAAAAGUAUUUUUUAUCGAAAAGAAAAACAAUUUCAAAAAAGUACUUGCAAACUUUAUCAUUUUUAUGACGAUAGAACAAUAAACGUACCUCUCGAUGAUUCGAUCGCAAGACCGGAAGAUGAAAAUAUAGAAUUAUCGAGUAGUAUUUUAAUGAAACCCAUAAAGUAUUACGAAAAUUUAGAAAAAUCAUUCGGGGAUAAUGAAUUUCCAAGAUUAAUAUCUAAUACAUUAUUAAAAUGUACCAAAAAUGAAACACCUAAUUUUGUUAAUUCAAGAAUAUUCCAUCGAUCUACUACUAUUACCGAUACUAAACCUUAUUCUCGGGAAAGGUGGCGAUAUCGUCCUGAAAGUCCAAGAGCUAAAUUUUUAGAAUUGUUACACGAAAGACGACGAAUCGUUGAAAACAGUAGAGAUGUCAUAUUUUAAAAAUUCAUCUACAUCAAAUAUGUAAAUUAUAAAUUCAUUUUUCCCAUAUAUUUUU